AAGUAGUCUCAGUAACAGAUACACCACUCCAAAACAGUACUCAAGACAUACGUAUCCAACAACAGCGUAUUCAGUUAUUCAUGCAAAAACUCGACAAACACAUGGAUCAAAUGUACAACACC